GAGCAGAAGCUGGAGGAGAAGCUGGAGAAGCUGGAGCAGAAGCUGGAGGAGAGGAUAGCCGCCAUGGAAGCCAAAUUAAACACUUUCUCCAGCGGCGAGGAAAUUCAGCAGAAAAGAGGAGAGCACAGUCCUAAAAUUGCGACUGGACUCGCCUCACAAUGAGACAGUCAGGACAUAUUUAGUUAAAACUUUGGCUGAAGUCCAGAUGUGGAGGAUGUGGAGACAGACGUCCUUCUAUCUGAUUGUAAAAAGCAUUUUGAAACUCUACGGAGGAACUACCGCUACAGUCAACCCAACAUGGCGGAUCAGGCGGAGGCCAUGAAGUCUUCUGCCCCGAGUCACCAGAGAAGAAAGAGGCUGCUGGAUGCCAGGAAGACAGUCCUUGCUCCAGAUGAAGAGGACUUCUGGAAGAGCAUCACAGCUGACAUGAUGUCAGAUGAGGAGGACGGCAGCGUUGACGGGGUGCGUGGAUGGAUAGUACGGCCUCCAUCCUUCCACAGCCAGGAGCUUGCCAACCUGUGUGCAGCCCUACAGGCUGGAGGCUGAUGUAAAGUACACAGCUCUACAUCACAGGUGUUUUCACAAUGGACAGCCGUCUGAUAGACUGAAGCCACUGAAGUACAACACGGCAGCAGCCAGAAAAACAUUUUAAGCCAGAGCUGAUGCUUGAGACCAGCCUGGAGUGAGAGAUGAACUUGGUCAAAAUUUUUUGUAAAUUUUUUGUUUUUAAAGACAGUUUAUUUUAAUUUUGAUUUCGGAUUUCUGGAACUCUGUUCAAUAAAGCUCUUGUUUUUCAACAUGUC